CAUCGGUACGGAUUGUGUUCAUUACAUUGACGGAGCAAAUACCCUCCGCGCUACAACGGAUGAGGCUUACGCGGGAACGGGCCGGUCUGACGCAACAUGCGGGUUUUCUCUGCCAGCCUUGGAAGUGUUUCCGAGUGGUAUAAACACGCCGACGGGAAACUAGUCAGGUUGGGAUAAGAACUAACCGGGCACAACCUGGGGCUGGAACCAGUCGGAGAUAUGCUUACUCCUAUGAAACGCGGCGACAAAUAAGAAAGCAGCAGGAACAGGUUGUAAGCUGCGAGGCCAGAUCACGGCUUACUCGCUCAGCCCUAUGAACUCAUCAAUCAACGCUAACGGCAUCGAUGCCAUUGCUGACAUGAGGCCUUGAUCAUUCCACAAUUACUCGACUAGGCAGGUAACGACUCUUGGUAUCGAAACGCAACACAUCUUCUAAAACGGAGUUGAUUCUCGACCCGUCGGAAGCUUUCCUUGGGAGAAUGAUAAUCUACAAGGGCACUCGUCGUGGACACCACACUCAGCUCCUUUCAUGACGAUCGUUGGCUAGGUUUGAGCAUGUUUAUAUCAGACAACGCUCAUCGGACUUUGAGUCUCGGUAUCGCGCUCUCGCGCUUUCUUCCAAGUCCGAAGGUUGUUUGACGCAUAUCAGCUGAUGUGGCGUGUAUCCCGGUUGCCUUUGAAAACGCUUUAUUGCCAAAUGACAUCUAGGCGGUGAUAAGCCUUUUGCGCUUUUGCCCUAUAGCAUUACAUGCCACUCAAUCCUCACACAUAUUAUUCCUUAUCUUGGAAAAUCUGACUGAAAAAUCACACCCUGUGUGAUGGGUUCUUUUGUUUUUCAAGUCAGAUUAGUCAAGAAUGGAAAGUAUAAUGAGUGACACGCGCUGUAUUGAGAGAAGCAUGAAGCCCAAAGUAACAUUCGGCUACAAUUUUGGUGAUUUUCAAUGUAACCCAACGGCCCUUAUUGGUCUUCUUUGCUUCUUAUAGUCUAACCACCUGACAGUUUUGGGGGACUUAUAUUGAUGUCAAACAUAGUUCCCAUUGUUGGCAGCAACCUUGCAACCAAUACGGAUCUAGUCUCCUGGAGAAAGAAGGCAACAAGCAUGAAUCGGCCCUAACUCAACAUUAUGUCCGCGAACUACUCGCGGAUACAAACAGAUAUCCGCCCCGGAUCUCAAGGUCAAUCUUACAAUACCAACAGUGAGCAUCGAGCUAUAUGUUAUCACUGAAAGAUUACAACCCACCAUCUCUUCAACGAACCGGUCGACUACCACCCACCAUCUAUGUCAUAAGUCUCGAACUCGUCUCUGCAUAGAUAAUGCAAUGUUUGCUGUCAACAGUUGCUUCAUGAACCCCAUGUCUAUCUCUCCAAACAAUGUCACACAAGAUUGCGCGCGACACGGCAAACUUGUUCUCGCCGAUCCCGAUUCUCUGUACAACUCGACCCAGAGCGCUCCCGUCUUUCGAACAUUGUUGACCAUCAUAUCAGUAAUCCUAAGCGGGAAACAAGGAGACCAGACCUUCCAGGCUGACGAGAUGUGCCCCCACGAGAAUUUGAGUGGCAGGGAGACUGACGUGCAUAUCAUUGACGGGAUGCUACGUUGUGAUGUCACGGCACAACUGCAAGAGUUGGCAGGGAGAUGCUAACUGAUGCAUGUUUCUCUGGUGAUAUGGAUGUUGUGGAGUGUGUUCAUGUAGUAUCGCCAAGGAAGUUGUUGAUAGGUCGACGAUAAUCGGACAUAUAAGAUCCUCCGAUUUCAAAUGUUAGCACCUUUAGUUGUUUUAAUAAAUGAAAUAAACAUAUGGGUCCAG